AGUGAAAUAGGCCCGGAGCCGAGGGUACCCGGCUUCUGAGCGCGGGGGUGGGGCCUUGUCGGCCCUUGGUGCGACUGCGCGAGCUAGAGCUCCGGGGCCUCGGUCCCGAGCCGGCUCCGCUCUGGGACCGGCCCAGCCCCGGCUCCGGUCCCCAGGGCACCCUCCUUCCCUCCCUGCUCGGUUCCGCUGUCCUGUCCGAACCAUGCCUGUUCCGAGUUCCCAGAGGCAGAGCCUGUGGCCCCGGCUCCAGCUCCUGCUGCUGCCCCCGCUCCUGUUCCUGCUGGCCGUGGCCCCCCUCCCCUCCUCCUCUUCCUCGACCAGCCACAAGCCGUGCACAGUCUGCAGGAACAUCGUGGAUCAGUUCCACAAGGGGUUGGCAAAUACAGAAAAGAAAAAUUUUGGUGGUGGAAACACAGCGUGGGAAGAGAAGACACUAUCCAAAUACGAGUCUAGUGAAAUUCGCCUGGUAGAAAUCAUCGAAAGCCUGUGUGAGAGCGAUGCUUUUGAGUGUAACAAUAUGGUGGAAAAUCAAGAAGAGCACCUCGAGAACUGGUGGUUCAAACAGAAGAAGAGACAUCCUGACCUCUUCAGGUGGUUCUGUGUGGACACCCUGCGGGUCUGCUGCCUUUCGGGAACCUACGGACCGGACUGCCUUGAGUGUCCUGGGGGCGCUGAGCAGCCAUGCCGGGGAAACGGUUACUGCAAUGGAGAUGGGAGCCGCGGCGGCGAUGGGAAGUGCGCGUGCCACCUGGGCUACACCGGGGCCCUCUGCAUGGACUGCGUGGACGGCUACUUCAGCUCCUGGAGGAAUGACACCCACUCUGUGUGCACAGUCUGUCAUCAGGCCUGUAAGACCUGCACUGGCCCAAGCCCGAAGGACUGUGGAGAAUGUGAGCUCGGCUGGGCCCAACAGGAAGACGCAUGUGUCGAUGUGGACGAGUGUGCGGCGGAGGCGCCUGCCUGCGAGGAGGGCUUCUACUGCCUCAACAACAACGGCUCUUUCUCCUGCCAAGCGUGUGACGCCAGCUGUGCGGGCUGUGUGGGCGAGGGCCCAGAGCACUGUAAAAGCUGCACGGCGGGCUAUGCCCAGGAAGCCGGGGCAUGUCGAGACAUAGACGAGUGUGCGCAGCCCGAGGAGGCGUGUCCACAGGAACACCAGAAGUGCUUCAAUACGCCGGGCAGCUUCGUGUGCGCCUGCGCCCAAGGCUUCCAAGAGACAGAUGGCGCUUGUGUGCCCACCCCGGAGACCCAGGAAGAGCCGCAGGAAGCUGGGCCAGCAUCCUCUUCACAUGAAGACUUGUGACCCGCCGCUGCCUCCAGCCUCGCUUCGACACUGAUCUGGACUUAAAUUAUUCAGAUGGAAACUGGCCGAAGAGGGAGCCUGUGGUCACUGGGGCGCCUGGGCUGCCCUCACUGCCCGCCUGCCGCAGGCUCUUCCUAGUGGAUUGGCCCUUUCAAAAGCUGCAUUCCUCUCGUUCAUAAACAAUAGAUUUUGUCCUCUAUUUUGAUACCAUUCUUUGUAAUAAAACUGACUCUGGAAGGUGGACAAGGAUAGCGGUUCCGUGGAUUCGCUCAUUUUAAAAGAAACAAACUGAAAAUACCCCAAAUUUCAGGGUUUGGAAAAGAAGCAUCCCUGUGUGGAAUUCCCUCAUGACAGUUUCUGUGGGAAUAUCUAUUUCUUGGGAAGAAGGCAAGCUGAGGCUGAGCUCCUCACAUUGGACACCCCUCCAUGAAUAAAUAAAUUCUUAAUUUAAAAUUUUUCCUUCA